AUGUCGCUCUGCUCUCGGGGCGCAGUGUUCAGAAAUCCGAGAAUAAAUCUGCUGCGCCUAAUUUCAACGAGCAUUCCUCGAUCCCAAGCUCAAACGCUCUUUUCACAAUCGCGCGCCGCGCCACAAUCCAAAGUUGUUGCGGACCUCCGCACGCAAUGCCGAUGCUUCUCAACAACUCGUUUCCAGCAAGAACAGCCCGUGGCUGAGUCUCAGACCGAUUCCUUAACCGAUUCCCUGCCUGUAUGCUGCCCAGGAUGUGGCGCGUUCUCCCAAACAGUUGAGGCAAACGAGCCAGGAUACUACGGUACAUCACGAAAGCAAAUUCGGAAGCUCCUCGCUGUGAGAAAGGAAGCAAUUGAAGCUCAGAAUAUACAACAAAAUGAUGCUUUAUCAACUGAGAGGGGUGGCUUGAGCGCAAAGCAGAACGAUGCCAUCGAGGAGACAGUGCCACCCAAGCCCAUUCAAGAUGGAGCUUUUCCAGAUGAAGCUGUCGAUCCUGAGGACACACCCCUUGGGCCUCCGGGUCGAAUUACCGAAGUCUGCGAUCGUUGCCAUGACUUGAUACACCACAACAAGGCAGUCUCUUCGCCCAAGCCGACUAUCACGUCUAUACGAAGCUAUUUGGAAGAAUCGCCCUAUAAACACAAUCGUGUUUACCACAUCAUCGAUGCUGCGGAUUUUCCAAUGUCUCUCGUUCCACGUAUCCAUUGGGCUUUGAUGCUACAGGAGCAACGUUCACGAAACCGUCGCUCCACUAAUGAGACAUACCAACGCGGAAGAAAACUUCCAACACUCUCCUUUAUCAUCACGCGCUCGGACCUUUUAGCGGCAACAAAAGAACAGGUAGAUUCGAAGAUGGAGUACAUUCGCACAGAGCUCCGCGCAGCUUUGGGAAGAUCAGGGAGGGAGGCCCGUCUGGGCAACGUGCACAUGAUUAGCGCGCACCGUGGCUGGUGGACCAAGGAAGUUAAGGAGGAGAUCCGAGAGCAUGGCGGCGGAAUUUGGGUCGUUGGCAAGGCAAACGUCGGAAAGAGCAGCUUCAUUGAAGCCUGUUUCCCCAAGGAUUCCAAGAAUGUGGACAAAAUCGAAGAGUGGGUUCAACGCCGCCGUGGAGAGGAAGAGAUUCCAAACCAGCGUGAGGCCGCCCUUCUUAACCCCGACAGCCUUCUGCCCCCUGCCCCUCGCGAGGAUCUCUACCCUGUGCUCCCUGUCGUGUCUUCCCUUCCAGGCACUACAGUCUCGCCUAUCCGUAUUCCAUUCGGCCGCGGAAAGGGCGAGGUCAUCGAUUUGCCCGGUCUAGAGCGCGGUCUAUUGGAGGACUUCGUUCGAGAUGAACAUAAGCGUGAUCUUAUUAUGACAAAGCGGGUCAAGCCUGAACGUUCGACCAUCAAACCGGGUCAGUCUCUUCUAAUUGGUGGUGGUCUUGUUCGAAUCACCCCAGUGAACCCGAAAGAUACGCUCAUGUCCGCCAGUUUCCUGCCUCUCGAGUCUCAUAUUACCAACACACAGAAAGCAAUCGAGACGCAGGCUGAGGAAACUCCCUACCGGGGGACCGUCAUCAUGAAGGAAGGAACCGGAAGCGCAAUGGCCUCGGCUGGUAUAUUCGAUUUGAAGUGGGAUACCACUAAUUCAAAUCUUCCCACCUCACUUGCCAAAGCUAUACACGACAGAGGAAUUCCAGUGCCUUCAUUGCCAUACCGCGUGAUGUCGGCAGAUAUCCUCAUCGAGGGCUGCGGCUGGAUCGAGCUCAGUAUACAAAUCCGCAGUAAACGGGACGCUGAAGACGAACCUUCCUAUCCGCAGGUCGAGGUUUUCACUCCCAAUGGGAAGCACAUUGGGUCCCGGCGUCCGAUUGAAUGUUGGAACUUUAUCGCAGAGAAGAAAAAGCUCGACAAACGCAAACGGCCGCGAACGAGAUAUUGA